AUGGGGUUGUGCCCAAAAGGGGUGUUUUUGUGUUGUAUUAUGGUAACAACUUUGUUUCUACCAUCAGCCUAUGCUCAAACUUGUUCUAAUUAUGCCUUUUCAACCAACAGAGUAUUCAGUGCUUGCAAUGAUCUCCCAGUUUUAAACUCCUUUCUCCACUACACAUACAAUCCAUCUUCUCAAACACUUUCCAUCGCAUAUCGUCACACAAACGUUGAUUCUUCCAGGUGGGUUGCGUGGGCCAUUAAUCCAACGUCUCAAGGCAUGGCCGGCUCACAAGCACUUGUUGCUUUCCAACAAUCUGAUGGGAGUAUGAGGGUGUACACAUCACCAAUCACGGGCUACACCACGCAGUUGGCAGAAGGCGAUCUGAGUUUUCCGGUUUCGGAUUUGUCAGCGACGUAUUCGAAUAACGAGAUUGUUAUUUUCGCGACUUUGGGUCUGCAGAAUGGGAGUAGUACUAUGAAUCAAGUUUGGCAAGAAGGUCAAGUAUCGGGAAAUGUUCCAUCGGUGCAUGCCACUUCUGGUGAUAAUGUUAGGUCUAUGGGGACUUUGAAUGUUCUAUCUGGACAAUCCGGGAGUGCAGGAGGAGCGGCAGGAAGCAGUUCGAAAACUAAGAAACGGAAUAUUCAUGGUGUUCUAAAUGCAAUCAGUUGGGGGAUCAUGAUGCCCCUUGGGGCUAUCAUUGCGAGAUACCUAAGGGUAUUCCAAUCAGCUGAUCCAGCUUGGUUUUACCUUCAUGUUACCUGCCAAACAUCUGCAUACAUCAUCGGUGUUGCCGGAUGGGCCACUGGAAUCCGGCUCGGCAGCCAGUCUCCUGGCAUCCAGUUCACCUCCCACAGAGUCAUCGGCAUCAUUCUAUUCUGUGUAGCCACCCUCCAGGUGAUUGCUUUGCUCGUAAGGCCAAAGAAGGAACACAAACACAGGAUAUUCUGGAACAUCUACCACCAUUCACUCGGCUACAGCAUCAUCAUCCUAGGCAUCAUUAACAUAUUUAAAGGCUUUGAUAUCUUAAACCCCGAGAAGAAAUGGGAAAGAGCUUAUACUGGAAUAAUUGUUCUUCUAGCUAUUGUCGCAGCCCUUCUAGAAGCUUAUACGUGGUUUGUAGUGUUAAGGAGGAAGAAGGCUGCAGAUGCAGAGAAGAUGACUAAUGGCAAUGAAUACGGGAGCAAUGGGAUUAAUGGCCGUUAUCCAUAUGCUGAAAGGACUAAUGGAAGGGCUUAAUUAAAAGUCAAAUUUCCUAAUUAUUUUUGUUUUUUCUAUGUAUCUAUAUGUUCUUGUUUCACUGUUUGUUCAUUUUCUUGUUAGGGUCUGAAUUUUAUUUAAAUUAAAUGGUCUGUUAUUGGACCUAUCUCCCCAUUGAUUUGUGGAGAUUAGGGGUUGGAUUUAUUUUCUUCAUGUUCUUCGGAGUUUAUGCAUACCUUCCCCAAUUUUCAUG